GCCAAUUUUGAAUCACCCUGUAUCAUAUCGUGAUAAUAAGUUUUUGAUUUAAGAAUUMUCUCAAUUGAUAAAAUUUAAAUAUGAGGUAGKUAUCUGGUUKUUCUGCAAAGGUAAGAUAYGUGUGCCUCCCAUUUUAGGUGAUUAUCUAUCAUUAUUCCUAGGUAUUUGGUUAUAUGAACUUCUUUMAUUGGCUUUUCAAAAAUGUCUAUUUCUAAACAGUCAAAAUUUGGUUUUCUUGCUUCAGUKAUUGAGAAGGCCAUAUAAUUAGUUUUAUCAAUAUUUAGGGAUAAUCUGAAUAURYCAAAGAAGGUUUUUACUCUCUUCAAUGUUACUAUCAUUUUAUGCUUUACCUCAUCCCAACUUUUGCCGUUAAAAAAAACAAAGCAGAGUCAUCAGCAUGUGCAAUUAUGGAGCCAUUAUUACCCAACUGGAAUAUUGAGUUUAAGUAAACAUUAAAAAGAAUUGGUCYAAGAACAGUGCCUUGUGGUACUCCAAUUUGAACCAUUUUAGGAUCGCUKARUGYACUGCCAAUUUUUACAUAUUGUAUCCGCUCCGACAAAUAACUACGAGAUGUGAAUAUAUUUUGAUUUUUUUUCUCCUAUWACCAGAAUAGCAAAAAAAAGGAACAAUAGUUUUAUUAYAAAGAAAAUUAGAUCAACGGCUUAAACAUCAAAAAGAGCCAUUCCGUAUAUACUUUCUAAAAUAUUUAUGUUAUGUUAAAACGAAAUUCUUUAAAGCAAGUGCUCGUGAUGUGGAUAUACAGUCAGCUAUGGAAUUAGUUUUGUGUUUGUGCAAAAACGUAUGAAAUUUGGCAGCCUCAAAAGUAACUUAGACCAUCGAAUUAAUGUUUUGUACUGAAUGCACCAAUUUGUCAUUUAAUACUACACGUAUAACAAGUUUGCGUUCAUAUCAUAUGCAAAGAAACAUGCCUGAUACUUACUAAUACUAAUGUAAAAAAUGUUAACCGCAAAUUUCGAAAGGAAUUCGAAUGAAAAAGAUCAAAAUUAAGUUAAAAUAUUACGUGUUUUUACUGCGGUGGUCUGCGGCAAUUUUUAUUUUUGGAUACAGUUUUGUACGGAGCGUUAAUGCUACGUAUGAAUACAAGUUGCGUUGAAAAAAUCGCAGCACUUUACCGUACUGAUACUGUAACUUUUGGGCAGUUUACUAAUAUGAAGAUUUUCUCCACAUCAGAAAGAUAGCAAAUAGCAUUUGACCACAGCUGUAAACAAAACACCAUAGGAAUAAUCGUGCACAUGUUUGACCUUAACUUAGUACCAAACGAGGCGAAGUUGCGGCAACACUGGUGACAUUGCGGCAUGUUAUACAUAAUAGUUUCUACCAUGACCGCAUCGCAUCGAUAAGAACGCAAACGGGGCCUUUUCACAUCGCAACGCAGCUCUACAGAAUGGCGACCAUCUUUAAACAACUGAUUGAAAGCGUCAAAGAGUAUCCGAUUUUGUAUGAUUGUUCUCACGGGGAUUUUAAAAAUUUCAAGCAGAGAGAUAAAGUAUGGGAUGAAAUUGGAUUAAAAUUGGAACAAGAUGGCCAUGUUCUAAAGGGCAAAUGGCGCAAUUUACGGGACAGUUAUGCCAAAUUCCUUAAAGCAAAGCACCCGUAUAAAAAAUGGCAUUGGGCAGAACACAUGCAACACUUUCGUCCAUUUUUGAUGAAUUCCAAGGACAAAACUAAUAAUUUUGAAGAUAUCGACUGUGAAGAAUCUAAUGAGGAUACAUCUGAAGAAAAUAUAAAAAUAGAAGUGACGCAAAUGUUGAGUCCAUAUGAAGAUAGGGAAGAGCUCGUUGAACGAACACCAUCGCCACCAAAUAUCGAGAACGAAUCUUCGAAUUCGGCUACUAAAAAGCGUGCAUUUAAACGAGCAAAUGAGAACUCACUAGAUACAGCAAUCGAAUAUUUAGAGAAAAGACCGAUUAUUAAUGGUAACUCCAUUGAUUUAAUUUUUCGGGGUUAUGCCGAAGCCAUUAAACACUUUUCGCCCAAACGGCAAGCUUAUACCAAACUGAAAGUAGCGGAAAUUAUUACGCAACAAGAAAUGGAGCAGCAAGAAGAGGAUCUGAUAACAUUCCAAAACAGCGUUUGUGACAAGUAACGAUAUAUUUUAUUUCAAUAUAUAUAUACAAAUUACGAA